UUUACAGCAGAGCUUGACACAGGAAGGAUGCGGGCGGCUGUCUGUGUGUAUUGUCACAACUGAGAGAUACAUGUGUUACCUAUAAAGAAACAACAGAAAAGAGCACGGGGAAAUAUUUAGCUCAAACAAACAGAAAGGCUUUUUAAUACACCCGGGGGAUAAAACCACAAGCUGCACAGCGAAUGGAUGCACCAUUACAAACAAUUAUCUCCUGUUUGGCAACUGAAGUGACGGCCAUCAAGACUGGACAGAGUCGGGCUGAAUCUGAGCAAAAUCUGGUUGAACCAGGAACCUUUUAGGACUUGUUAGAAGAAAACAACUUAUUAUUGAAACCACAACAGCACCAGUCAAACGCAACUGGGUUUGUGAGUUGUGCAAACCAAGAUGCCCAUCUUAAAGCAGCUGGUGUUGGGGUCUCAGACCAAACGGCGAUCUCGUAUGGACCUCACUACUGAGAUGAUCAGCGCUCCCUUGGGUGACUUCCGGCACACCAUGCAUGUAGGGCGCAGCGGGGAAGCUUUCGGAGACACAUCUUUCCUCAGCACUCGAUCUGGAGAGCCAUCCCAAGAAGGCCACACCUAUCCUCGCUCUCCAAAACCGGGACUGCUGUCUCGUACCUUCUGGAGCAGCAAGCGCUCUCAGUCGGUCACCAGAGUAGACCAGCGAGACAAUACCCUCUUUCCUCCCAGCGAGUCACCUACCUUUGUGAAGAAUGCCAUGUCCUUGCCCUUUCUGAACAAUGAAGAAGGACCGGAGGGAGACAAGAGGGUGCUCAAGAGCUUGACCUCCAGCCCCUCCAAUGGGGCCUCUGUUGAAGCAUUGGACUUGGAGCUACAUGAGAAGCAAUUUGGGGUGUUGACCGACCUGCGACCUUCCCCAUCUUACAACGGGGGAGGAUUGAAGAAAGCUGAAUCUGUGAUGUCAUUCCAUGUUGAUCUUGGGCCCUCGAUGCUGGGGGACAUCCUGGGGGUCAUGGAGAAGGAAGAUGAUGACCAGGGGUUUGAAGAAGGCAAGAGCAGUGAGGGACAUGCAUCUCCUCUUCACUGCAACCUGGGAGGAGUGGAAAUGGAUGAGGAAAUGAGGGAGGUUGUUGUGAAAGAAGAGGAACUAGAGGGGUUAGUCGCUCACAGUGAGGGUCCCAUGAGGGCUCCCAGCUCUGUUGACUUGGAGAUACAGAGUGAAGGCACCAGCACCCCAGAACCACACCACAAACACCUGCAUCACCUCGACAGCUGCUCAGUUUCCAGCUCAGGUUCAGCUGCCUUGGAGGAGAAACCAACCAGUGAGCCUUACGAGGAAGAUAUUGGAGUUACCGACAACAUCUGCAACCCAGACAAUGAACCAGCCUUCUCCUCCUUCAUGGAAGAUGAGGAUGAUGAGAUUCGAGUAUGAAACCCUACAAUCAGCAAACCUUUCUGAGGAUGGAGAGAUAAAUAUCUCAGACUAGAAUUUGACAUUGUGUAAAGAGGAGAAAUGCGGUGUAGAUGUAAGCAUGUCAAAGCUGGACAGAUGCCUCAGGUUCCUGUGUCCCUGUAGAGAUAAGUUGGGGAGACUGCUUUAGCUCAGACACCAAAGCCAUCUGUCACACUACUGACCCAUGCUAAGAUGAGCAGCUGGAUGGUGUUGAAAAUGUGUCCAAAAGAGACCUGCUACACUGAUAGCUCUGCAAAAGGAAAGACAUGCAUAGGGGAUACAUACAUCACCAAAACCGAAUUUUCCCA